GAUCAAAACCCUCAGCCACCCCACCCCACAAUAACAGUAUUCUUUAGCGUUCAAUAUUCAGCUUAUUGGCUUCUGUCUCCAGUUCGCCGUCCAAUAUUUCGAAGCUCCACCGCCAGUAGCCUUGGCCUGUUGCCACCGUCACCUUCAACCACCUCCUCCCUCCUAUUGCCAGCCACUGCACCCUUCUCCGCGCAUGCCGCAGUCUCAGUCUUCCGACGAAAUUGCCCCCGCACCGCGUUCUCCCUCUCACUCUCUCUCGCCUCUUCGAGCGAUCCAAAUUGCUUGUAGUUCUGCCCCUAUCCCGCGGCGUUUGUGAGAUAGCGUUGCCGCUGCUCAUUUUUCAGAUUCCUAAGUUGCUAGAGAUUCAAGUGGACUCAAUAAACCCCAUCCAUGUCUUCUCUUUUAGAAUUUGAAAAUUCAUCUCCCAAUAUUUUCAUACCCGAAGAAUGGUCUGAGGCUGCAGAGUCCAUAGUUUUUGAUUCUCCCACUUCACCGCCUCCUGUUGUUCUCAUCUGUGGUGCCAAAAACUGUGGCAAAAGUACUUUCUCACGCCACCUUCUCAAUGUCUUCCUUCAAAGGCAUAAAAAAGUGGUUUACCUGGAUUCAGAUGUUGGACAGCCCGAGUUCACUCCACCAGGUUUUCUGUCCCUCACUGUGGUUGACAGAGUAACCCCGGAUUUGUCGACUCCAUGUCUAAAGACGCCAGAAAGAUGUUUUUUCUUUGGCGAUAAUUCCUCAAAAAGAGAUCCAACAGCAUACUUAAGUUAUGCAAAUACUUUGUACGACCAUUACCACAAAGAGUAUCAUUCGUUUAACAAGACUGAAGAACUUGCAAAGAUUGGAUUACCUCUUAUUGUAAAUACACCGGGCUGGGUGAAAGGUAUUGGUUAUGAGAUAUUGGUAGAUAUGUUGAAAUACAUUGCUCCAUCACAUGUGGUCAAAAUAAAUAUAUCUGCUGAGAGUAAGAACCUCCCCGCUGGGGAAUUUUGGCUAGAAGAGGAAGAAGAUUGUGGGACGACCAAUCUAAUAGAAAUACAUUCUGCUCGGCAAGAUGCUUUUAAUAGAUCGAUACUAGUGCAAAAGGAUGCAAGUCUUAUGCGCGAUUUGCGUUUAAUGGCUUAUUUUAGACGGUGCUUCGCCGGAGAUUGCAAUAUUACCACAAUUAAAGAGCUUGCAAAUGCACUGGCAUCUCACCCUCCUUACCAAGUUCCAAUAUCAAGCAUUAAGAUUAGACACUUGCACUGUCAGGUCCCAGGUGAUCAGAUCUUCUAUAGUCUGAAUGCAACAAUCGUUGGCUUGGCUAUAUGCUCCAAACACUCUGAAAAUCCACCAUGGUGUGUUGGUCUUGGAAUUGUUAGAGGCAUUGAUACACUUAAAGGUCUGCUAUAUGUUAUCACACCUGUCCCCCAUGGCACUUUGGAAAAAGUUGACCUUCUUUUGCAGGGUUUUAUUCAAAUUCCUUGUUGUUUGCUGCAGGUUAAGGGAUGCAUGUCUCCGUACAUGUUUGCAAACAUUCUAUCCACGAGCUAGAGCCUGUACAGAUAUUGAAAGUUUUAGUACAAUUGUGCGGAUAGAAGAUCGAACUCUUGACUUCUAGGAGGAAGGUCAUGCCAAUUACCAUUUGAGCUAUGCUCAUUUUGGCAGAAGUAUUAGGCUCAUUUGUUAUACAGUUUACUCUGUAAAUAUAUUUAUCAAAAUAUGUGGGACAGUAAUCUCCCAUUUUUGCUUAUUUAGACUUGUGAAUUUUGUAUUCGAAGUUGUCAUUCAGUGCAAUUCAAAGGAGAGAUUUGUUUUAUUUAUUUA